GCGGCAGCAGCGCUCGUGUUGUGAUUGCUGGGAAAUUGGCGCGCGCAGCACUUUCAUCCUCCUCAGAGCAAGACGGUGAGGUUUGCUAAAAAUAUUAAUGCAGAACUCUGUUAACUGACUAAAAUAUAGAAAUGAACUUCACUGUGGCUUAAUAAAUGUUAAUAUUUGAUUGACGAGCUCAAGGACUGAGAGAUGGAUAGAAAAGGAAACGUGCGCCGUGCCACUUCGGCUGGCUACCGGUUACCGGACCGACCCAACGGUCCUCUCGCCUCUCAGUCCUCGGUCUCAGUGUUCAGGCAUUCCGCGGGCAGAGCACGAAAUGGUGAGCCACCGGCGCAAAACGAGGACACUCGAGAUCCCGUAAAGCAGGACCAGGUUUGGAGAGAGUUUGUACGCGCGGAGCGAUCCGGCGUGAAAGAAUGGGAGAAGAACUGGAGUUUCCUGAUGAACUUUGACCAGCUGGGUCAUCCACGUACAGAAACUCCUCUCCCCAACUCAGUGUCUUUAUAUUCAGACCGACUCCCAAACACAAGUAACCAAAUGUUCGGCAGCAGCGUGUACACUGAGUUAGGCAAUGAAAUGGUGCGGCUGGACAAUCUGCUAAUUCUGACAUCCAACCACCGCAAGGCCAAAAGAAAUCCAGAGAUGCAACCCUGCUGAGGUUUACCAGGCACAGGAUGUCUUCAAACUCUCUCUGGUGUAUUAGACAGAGACUUCUUCCCUUCUCUAGAGAUCUUCCCUUGGGUCAUUCUGUUUCUCUCGCCUCUAUCUGUUUAAACUCAAGAGUGUUCAGCAGGUUUUUCUGAAUAUAUUUAUUUUUCUCUCGACAACCCAAAUCCUAGCUGCCAAUAUAUGUAUGCAUGUGUGUUUUCUGUAAGUUUGGCAGUGUGUUGACAGCUUGUGAUUUUUUUUAUUAGAUUUUAUGUUAACAUUAAUAUGCAUCUUUCUGUGUACUGUAUAAUGCUGGUGAAGGCAAUCAAGAGGAUCCUGUUUUUGGAAUAGAUUAUUUGCAUAAUAUUUUUGUAGAUAAACACAGGUACUCAGUAUAUAAAUGCAAAUAGUUACAAUAUUGGUCUCAAACGUUUAAGUCAGAACUUAUUUUUCUGUGCGUCGAAAGAGUUACACUCGUAAAAAUAAAAAAGGCUCCAAAUGUUCGUAUCUGCAUCUAAAGAAUCUUUUGUGCAAUAGAAAGGUUCUACACUGGAAAAAAAUCAGGGUAAUGGUUGACAUCUAAAUUGUAUUACUCAACCCUUUGAAAAAUAAAUAAUUUACCUUUCACAAUAUUUCCUUCAU